AUGCAGGGUUCCAGUCACACCCUUCUGGCCUUUGGGCCACAGAGUCUUUCAUUCGACAAACGGGCCCUAAUAAAGCUUCGCGGCGACAUCAGCAGUGGUAGGUACGGGCAAUGGAUUCAGGACACUAUCGCCGGGUUACCAGGGUUCUGGACAGCCCUGUCCGAGGCACUCCCAGAGCUCAGGGAGUUGCUCCCUCCUCAAGAACGACUGCAGGAUUUGGACCGACUAUUAAAUCACAGCAUUGAUGAUAUUGAGGAGGGGCUGAGCAUAUCCAACAUGAUCCUCACUCCACUAGUCGUCCUAACGCACCUUACGGAAUACGAGCGAUACCUAGCGACGAACCAACACACCAGUGACCGAACCACAGCCACCGGUUUCUGCACGGGGCUUUUAAGCACAUUUGCGAUUGCGAGUUCAAGAAAUGAUCAAGAACUUGCGAAGUAUGGCGCGGUUGCGCUGCGGUUAGCCAUGUUGGUUGGAGCCCUUGUCGAUGCAGAGGAGAGACGGCAAGAGCUGCAGGGAAACGGACGAUCUGUAUCAUAUUCGAUCGCUUGGAUGAGUGAGGAACAGCAGCAGAGAUUACAAGAGAUUCUUGGCCAACGGCAUCCAGAGACUUACCUCUCUGUUCGUUAUGAUCGUGCACGCGCGACGCUCACGAGUUCCGGCCGCGCCGCGGCAGACCUAGCACAGGAGCUGCGAGAGAUCGGGCUGACCGUCGCUCAAGUGCGGUUGCAGGGCCGGUUCCACGACCCAUCUGAGUCCAGAAAAGCAUACACUGACGCCCUGGCUGAUUUAUGCAAUCGAACACCUGAGCUCCAGUUUGCACCCACGCCCGCCAUGUCCCUAGCCUAUCCUAAAAUCGACAAUGCGAGCCUGCACGAAGUUGCAGUGCGCAGUAUGCUUGUUCAACAUUGCGACUGGUAUGACACAUUCAAGGCUGCCUAUCCAGAGGUUUCAAGUCCCGCGCGUGUGGUGUGCUUCGGCUCAGAGAGAUGUAUCCCGCCCACGUUGGCAAAACGGACAGUAAAGAUCGAAAGUCAACAUCAAGCAUCAGAUGCCUUUGCCAGCCUCGACCAAGAAAAUAUGAUUGCAGUCGUGGGAAUGUCGAUCAAGACAGCCGGUGCUGACGAUGUGGACGAAUUCGCUCAGAUGCUGCGCACGGGGACGUCGCAACAUCAAGCGAUCAUGGAAGAUGAUAUCAAUUUCAACACCCCUUGGCGUACCGACAAGGGCUCCCGGACUUGGUACUCCAACUUGAUUCGCGACCGCAGCCAGUUCGAUCAUAGCUUUUUCAAAAUGAGUCCUCGCGAAGCCGCCGCCAUGGACCCGCAGCACCGUCUCUUUCUCCAGGCGGCGUAUCAAGCUGUCGAACAGUCUGGAUAUUUCUUGGAGCCAGGCCACAAUGAGACCAAGUUACCUGAAGACUCUGUUGGAGUUUUCCAUGUCUCAUGCUACGACCCAAACGCUUAUACAGCGACAGGGAAUCUGCGCGCUUUCCUUGCCGGCAGAGUUUCUCACCACUUCGGGUGGACAGGCCCGGCAUUGACCUUAGAUACUGCCUGCUCCUCCUCUGCAGUCGCUAUUCAUCUUGCGUGUCGUAGUAUCCUGUCAGGAGAAUGCUCUGCCGCGCUGGCUGGUGGUGUUGCGGUUAUGAGCAGUCCUUUCUGGUUCCAAAAUCUAGGUGCCGCCAGCUUCCUCAGUCCUACCGGCCAGUGCAAGCCGUUCGACGAGAAGGGAGACGGAUACUGUCGAUCAGAAGGAAUCGGUUGUGUGAUGUUGAAGAAGAUGAGUGCUGCAGUCGCCAAUAAUGACCAGAUUCUGGGUUGCAUCGGAGCAAGUGCAGUACACCAGAACCAGAACUGCACUGCCGUGGUUGUGCCCAACAAGCCUUCAUUGGCACCUCUAUUCAAACAGGUUAUUUCCAAGUCAGGUCUGACUCCAGCGGAUAUCUCGCUCGUCGAGGCCCAUGGGACGGGAACCGCUGUUGGGGACCCAGCAGAGUACGCCAGUAUUGCCGACGCCCUCAACGUUGCUUCUCGGCCAAGUCCGCUAAUUCUUGGAUCAGUCAAGGGACAUAUUGGCCACACUGAGGCCGCAGCUGGAGUCGUCUCAUUGAUCAAAGUACUCAUGAUGAUGAACGAAGGCUUCAUACCGCCACAAGCCAGUCACACCCGUCUUAGCCCGCGCAUCACUGCUGCAACUGACAAGUUGCGCAUCUCCACCUCGCUACGCCCGUGGGAGACAGACCAGAAAGCAGCGUUGGUCAACAGCUAUGGAGCUUCAGGUUCCAACACGUCCAUGGUGAUUCUCCAGCUUCCAAAGCGCCACACAUUUCCGCAUCAAGGUGUGACCAAGGAUGGAUUAGCCCAGCCAUUCUGGAUCUCGGGUACAAAUGAAGUCGAGAUCACGGCCUAUUGUGCGCGCCUAGCCGAGUAUAUUCGAACACGACCGACUGUACGGCUGGACGACCUUUCCUUCAACCUGAGUCGGCAAUGCAAUCGGACUCUCGCACGCCAACUUGUCUUCAGCUGUCGCUCCAUGUCAGAGCUGCAGGCAAUGCUAUCACGUGGAGCUUCAGCUGAGGGCAGCAGCAAGGUUGUCCCUACAGAGCGCCCUGUGAUCCUUUGCUUUGGCGGACAAGUCUCUACCUUUGUCGGCUUGAACCGCUUAGUGUACGAGAAUGUUGGUCUCCUGCGCCGUUAUCUUGACGAAUGCGAUAUGGCCAUGACAAACAUGGGGUUGGAGAGUAUUUACCCGGAAAUAUUCUCCACCAGUCCGGUUCAAGACACAGUCAAGCUGCAAUGCAUGCUUUUCGCGAUGCAGUAUAGCUGCGCGCGGUGCUGGUUAGAUUGUGGCGUUUCGACCAGAAUCGCUGCGGUUGUGGGACACAGUUUCGGCGAACUCACUGCAUUGAGUAUUUCCGGUGUCCUCAGUGUUCAGGACACCAUCAAGCUCGUAGCUGGCCGGGCACGCCUGAUCCGCGAUCAAUGGGGAAGCGAUAGAGGCGCUAUGAUGGCAGUCGAAGGGGAUGAGAGUACCAUCCAGCAACUCCUGGAAGAAGCAUCCCAGCAGACGCCGUCCGACCACCCUGCCACCAUUGCCUGCUAUAAUGGCCCGCGCAGUUUCACGCUAGGAGGAUCAACUGCUGCCAUUGAGGGGGUAAAGGAAACCCUGCUUAGCAAGUAUCCGUACAUUCGGCACAAACGGUUGAAUGUGACAAAUGCAUUCCACUGUAGCCUUGUCGGAAACAUUGUGGAGCCUCUAAACCAGCUGGGCGAAGAAUUGACGUUCAACUCCCCCGUCAUUCAUAUUGAACAUUCGUCUUCUACUCCAUCGACCGGAGCGCGCCCGUCGUCCACGUUCGUCGCCGAUCAUCUGCGUAAGCCGGUGUAUUUCUACCACGCGAUUGAGCGUCUUGCCCGAGCUUAUCCCGAUAGUAUCUGGCUUGAAGCGGGCUCCAACUCUACAAUCACCACCAUGGCUGGUAGGGCCCUGCGUCCGACCUCUGACAUAGUUGGACAGUCGCAUCACCAUUUCCAAGCACUCAACAUCACUCACGGCGGCCGGGGCUCAGAUAGCCUUACUGAGACAACGCUCUCUCUGUGGAAGGAAGGCCUUCGAGUUUCAUUCUGGCAGCACCACCCCGUGCAAAAAGACCAAUAUGAGCACCUGAUCCUUCCGCCGCGGCAGUUUGCGAGAACCCGUCAUGGACUGGAUAUUAUUGCUCCCAAGACAGAUCAAGGUGCAGCCCAGCAAACAGGAGUUCCAAAGCCAGAUGGUCUGUGGACUUUCGUAGGCUAUGAAGACAACAACAGGAGCCGGCCUCGGUUCCUUAUCAACAGUAAUUCCGAAAAGUACCUUGCGAUGGUGGAGGGCCAUGUCAUGGCUCGUACGGCGGCGAUCUGCCCUGCUGGAUUGGAGGUCGACAUGGCCAUUGAAGCUCUAUUCAGCUUGCAACCGGAGUGGAAGGAGAGACGACUCCAACCCAUGCUAAGAGACAUGGUCAACUCAGCCCCUGUUUGUCUUGAUCCAAUACGAAAAUUCUGGCUACAGCUAUCUGCUGCUGACGAGUCGUGUAUGCUAUGGGACUGGAACAUCACAAGCACGCGUGAAGGAAGUAGUUCGAGUCUUCUGCAUGUCAAGGGCUCCCUGCAGAUCCGCAGUCCGGAGGAUCCGCUCUACCGGAAUGAUUUUGCGCGUCUCGAGAGGCUCGUUCCAUACCGUCAGUGUACGGAUAUUUUAGCCUUGGCGGGUGCACAGCCUGACGACCUGGACGAUGAGAUCCACGUCCUCCAAGGGCGCAACGUAUACCAAGGCUUCAGUGAUGUCAUCUCCUACACACCCCUGUACCGUAGUCUUCGGCGGCUCGUGGGCCGUGGUAAUGAGAGUGCUGGGUGCGUGAUACGCAAGCGGUCUCAUGAAACAUGGCUCGAUGUGCCGCUGAGCGAAUGUUUUAUGCAGACAGGAGGUAUCUGGGUCAGCUGUAUGACGGAUCGCAGCCCAGACGAUGUCUUCAUUGCCACUGGGUGUGAGCUAUGGAUGCGGUCUCCAAGUCUGGCCGACGUGAAGGAGAAGGGCGAAGACGGCACUGAGAAAUGGCAUGUUCUUGCUCGUCAUUUGCGCGUGUCCGACAAAGUAUAUUUGACAGAUGUAUUCGUCUUCGACUCGCGCACUGGAGCCCUAACAGAAGUCAUCAUGGGCACCAAGUUCAGUCGGCUUCCGAAGACCGUUAUGCGCAAAAUCUUGUCUGAUUUCCAUCCGGGCAACCCCAGUGUCCAUGAAAAGGAUAUCGUCACUGCGGCGCCCAAGCAACCCAUAAUUCAGGCACAAGAAAUCGUCUUAGCCGAAGCACCUCGGAAGCACAAGUCCGUGCAGAAACGAGAUAUCACAGGUCAAGUCUGCCAGCUUCUUUCCAGUGUUUCUGGUAUUGAACCGGCGAAGAUAAACCAGAAUGCGGAGCUAUCAGAUCUCGGCGUCGACUCACUAAUGGCCAUGGAGCUCGCUCGUGAGAUAGAGGGAGUAUUCAAAUUCUCACCAGAUCACAACGACCUGCUCGAGGCUACUACGGUCGAGAAGCUGACGAACUAUAUCUCAAGCUCGAUACCCGGCUCCUCGGCCGCUUCUGAAAAUAUCGACAAUCACGGUUCUCCUAACGAUACAGACUCGUCGGGCGAGUCGGACCCGGCGACCCCUACUGUGGCAUGCUCUUCUACUGAUGAUUUUCGCGAACCAUUCAUCAUUACCUCGUCUAGAGAUGAAGCUGAGGUCCUCUCUCUUGCGGAAAGCGACGACACCUUCCUCAAAUCGCAACGGCCGAUUGUAGAGAUGGCAAAACAAAAUACUGACCGAGAGGAGAUCGCUGAACAAUACGUGGCUCGAUAUACAGCGGGGUUCAUUCCCCCAGUGUCGUCGCGGUCAUCCGCGCGAGAACACAGCGGUAAUGUCGUGAUAAUUACUGGUGCAACUGGGAGUCUCGGGUCGCACCUAGUAGCGAGCUUCGCCCGCGACCCGUCCGUUCGUACAGUUAUCUGCUUAAACCGGCGUAGCAAGACCCCGGGCACCCUCCGACAGAGUCAAGCACUCUCAACGCGCAAGCUACAACUGACGGAGGCUGAAUCCAGCAAGCUUCGCAUGCUUGACGGCAACACCAGCGAGCCGCAUCUGGGUCUUGCAGCGGAUGAGUACACCUGGCUCGCUCGGAAUGCCACUCACAUUGUGCACAAUGCAUGGCCCAUGAGUCUAGCGCGUCCCAUUCACACCUUUGUGCCUCAGUUUCAAGCGUUGCGAAAUCUCCUUGACCUGGCACGCGAAAUGGCGUGCAAUUGCAGCCCGAACGGCAUGAGGGUCGGCUUCCAAUUCGUUUCUUCAAUCAGUGUAGUCGGCUCCGCAGCCCAGCAGCGUGUGCUAGAGCAACGGGUUGAUCUUCGCUCGUCCUUGCCCAUCGGCUACCCAGAGGCUAAAUGGGUAUGUGAGCGCAUGCUCGAUGAAACGCUCCACCGUUACCCUGACCAUUUCCGCCCAAUGGUCGUGCGCCCCGGUCAAAUCACCGGCUCUAGUCAUACCGGUUGUUGGCCGCAUACGGAGCAUAUGCCAUUGCUUAUCAAGACCGCACAGACUCUGCAGGCGUGGCCGGAUCUUGACGGACCUCUGCACUGGGUCCCCGUUGACACUGUCGCUCAGACAAUGGUUGAUCUCCUUCUCCCUGGUAUUGAGUCGGACUCGAACCAAACUGGCACAACCCUCAACAAGAGCGAACCCGACGCAUAUCCAGUCUACCACAUCGACAACCCGGUGGGGCAGCCCUGGAAGGAAAUGACGCCGAUCAUAACAUCGGCGCUCAACAUUCCCUCAGAUAGAGUCAUUCCCUACCAAGAGUUCCUUAACCUUCUGCGCUCCUCUCCACUAGACCGAGACCGCGAGAUACCCGCAGCUAAGAUCAUGGAUUUCUUUACGCGAGAUUUCGAGCAUAUGGCCUGCGGCGGGUUAGUCUUAGACACAACGCUUUCUCAGGAGCAUUCGGCCACGUUGGCUGCUCAAGGGCCUGUCACCGAGGAAGAGAAUAUGAAGAUUCUGACUCUUUGA